GCAGCGCUGCAGCUCUCGGUGAACCGUGCUGCUGCUGCAGCUGCAUGCGCUGCGUUCCUGGCGUUCAGAGCGGCGGCGGCCAGUGCUGGCGUGAACGGCGAGCAGCGGCACCACGCAGGCAGGCGGGCGGGCGGGCAGGAGGGCAGGCAGGCAGCAGGGAUGAAGGGCCAGCCGGCACACACACGUUGGUAGGCUAAGCGCGCUCAGUCAGCGAUGUCCAAGAGCCUGAAGAAGAAGAACCACUGGACGAACAAAGUCCACGAAGCGGUGCUCAGCAGGAACAAGGAGGGAGAGCUGGGGUUCGAGCUGAAAGGCGGCGCCGAGAACGGCAACUUCCCCUAUUUCGGGGAGGUGAGGCAGGGCAAGGUGGCCCUCCAGAGUGGCAAGCUGGCCCAGGACGAGCUGCUGCUGGAGGUCAACGACACGCCGGUGGCGGGACUCACCACGAGGGACGUACUGGCCGUCAUCAAGCACUGCAAGGACCCGUUCAGGCUCAAGUGUGUGAAGCAAGGAGGAGUUGUGGAUAAAGACCUCCGCCACUACCUUAACCUCCGCUUCCAGAAGGGAUCAGUGGACCACGAGCUCCAGCAGAUCAUACGGGACAACCUCUACCUCCGCACUGUGCCCUGUACCACACGACAGCCUAAAGAGGGUGAGGUCCCAGGGGUGGACUACAACUUCGUGAGUGUUGACCGGUUUAUGGAAUUAGAGAAAAGUGGGGCCUUACUAGAGAGUGGAACAUAUGAAGAAAACUUCUAUGGCACACCCAAGCCCCCGGCCGAACCCUCGCCCAUGCUGUUUAAUGUGACAGACCAGCUGCUGCCGGGUGCCCGCCCCAGUGCCGAGGGCAAGAGGAAGAGGAACAAGUCGGUCAGCAACAUGGAGAAGGACAGCAUUGAGCCGCCCGAGGAGGAGCAAGAAGAGAGCCCUGUCGUUAACGGCAACGGCAUCGCCAUUACGCCAGAGUCAAGCGAGCACGAAGACAAGAGCACCGAUGCCUCAGGUGAUGUGCCCCCCCAGUCAUGCCCACCUGAGACCCCCACCCUCACAGCCACAGAUGCCCCAGAAGAAGAAGGAGAGGCCCCCAAAUCCCCCCCAGACUCACAGGGCAAUGAUGAGCUGGGGCCGCUGCCUGAUAACUGGGAGAUGGCGUACACUGAGAAAGGCGAAGUCUACUUCAUAGAUCACAACACCAAAACCACAUCAUGGCUUGAUCCACGAUUAGCGAAGAAAGCCAAACCACCAGAGGAAUGUGACGAUGACGACCUUGUGACCCCUGGUUCCUAUCACCACCACUGUAAAGAAACCCUAGACGAGCUACCGUAUGGCUGGGAGAAAAUAGAUGACCCUAUAUAUGGCAGUUACUAUGUUGACCACAUAAACAGAAGGACGCAGUUCGAGAAUCCUGUACUUGAGGCCAAGCGAAGAAUCCAACAGCAGCAGCAAAUGCAAAGCCAAGGCCUCUCGGCCCUGCCACUGCCUACCAUCUACAGAGAGAAGCCUCCGUUCACGCGAGACGCCACCCAGCUGAAGGGGACCUUUCUGUCCACGGCACUCCAGAAGAGCAGCAUGGGCUUUGGAUUCACCAUUAUCGGAGGAGACGAACCCGACGAGUUUCUGCAGGUCAAGAGUGUCAUACCUGAAGGACCAGCUGCACAGGAUGGCAAGAUGGCCACUGGUGACGUCAUUGUCUACAUCAACGAUAUCUGCGUUUUGGGCACCACGCAUGCGGACGUAGUCAAGCUCUUCCAGUCAGUCCCCAUUGGUCAGAGCGUGACCCUCGUACUGUGCCGGGGCUACCCGCUGCCCUAUGACCCUGAGGAUCCCUCGGCUAGCUCCAGCAUGCCCCCCCUGGGUCUGGUGGACCACCCACUCCUGCUCAAUGGCAGAAACACCUAUGAUAACUACAUGGAGUAUAUGUCCCUGACUGGCCGGCUGGUACCUGAGCACGGUGAGGGUCUGGGUCAGGUGUCCCAUCCUGGAGACACCCACUUGGACGGUUCACAACCGCCCUCACUCAGCACGCCCGGAGCCCCACCCGAUGACAGUGUCUCUAUGGCCUCGUCAUCAGGGGCAACAGCAGGGGCCCAAGUAGCUCCAGAGCUCCUGAGCCUCACCAUGACCAAAGGAUCAGAGGGCUUUGGCUUCACCAUAGCAGACAGUCCAACAGGCCAGCGAGUGAAACAGGUGCUGGAGCCGCAGGGGUGUCCAGGGCUGUGUGAGGGAGAUCUGAUAGUGGAGAUUAACCAGCAGGGGAUGCAGGGACUCAACCACUCGCAGGUGGUCCAGAUUCUGAAGGACUGCGCCGUGGGAACAGACGCCACCCUCGUCGUCCAGAGAAGUACUGGCACAGGACACUAUUCUCCCUGGGACGGUGCCAAACAGUGGGACCCCCAGGGAAGCCCCCAGACCAGCCUCACGGCCCCUGGCCUAUCACACAGCGCCCCCCACCCUGGCCAGCCGCUCCACUGCACCUCAGCCUCUGAUGCAGAUGGAAUCCACCUCAGCAAGCCUGACCCAUACGAUCUGUACGAGAAGUCUCGCGCUAUUUAUGAAAGCAGACACCCUGGGCCACUGCGAACACUGACUGACUCUACAGGUGUGGAGUACCAGGAGGUGGAGGUGCACCUGCUGCGGGAGAAGACAGGCUUCGGCUUCAGGAUCCUGGGAGGGGACGAGGCGGUGCAGGCUGUGAGUCCGGAGGCCCGUGACAAGAUCGUGAUUGGAGCGAUAAUAGAGAACAGCCCUGCGGAGCGGGACGGUAGGCUGCGUCCAGGAGAUGAGCUUGUGUCUGUGGACAGGAUGCCCGUGGCAGGCCGGCCACACCGCUACGUCAUCGACCUCAUGCAUGCGGCAGCGCGCAACGGCCAGGUCACCCUUACAGUGAGGCGGAGGGUCCUUCCCCCACAGCCCAGCCAGCCGUGCGGAGAGAAUGGUGCAGCAACCAAUCAAAGCAGCUCCCCUCGAGGCCAUGCAGUGUGUCCAGUCAACCUGCCGCCCACCACUGAUGUAGUCAUCCACCGGAAAGAGACAGAGGGCUUCGGCUUCGUCAUCAUCAGUUCCCUGAACCGACCAGAGAACACCACCACAAUAUCUGUGCCGCACAAGAUUGGCCGUAUCAUCGAGGGCAGUCCGGCCGACCGCUGCGGGAAGCUGAAGGUUGGCGACCGCAUUAUGGCCGUCAACAGUCAGUCUAUUAUCAACAUGCCGCACGCUGACAUUGUGAAGCUGAUCAAAGACGCAGGCCUCACCGUUACCCUGCACAUCAUCCCUGAGGAAGAUGUAAGCGGGCCACACUCUGCCCCCACCUCAGAGAAGCAGAGCCCUCUGGUGGGGCAAAAGCACAGCCCCCAGACCCAGUCCAGCCCGGCCGCCCAGCAAAGUCCCACUGUGGUCCACCCCAGCCCACCGGCCCCCCACCCCAGCCCUGCAACCACCCAGCCCAGCCCCCAGCUGGUGGAGCCAAGCCCCGGAGGUCCUCAGAGCAGCCCGUCCGUGACUCAGGUCAGCCAGCCUGUGAGUCAGCCCAGCCUGGAGGUGGUGCAGUCAGGCCCGGUGGUGAGUCAGGCGGGCCCUGUGGUGGAUCAGGGCAUUCCUGGUGUUCAAGUUCAAGUUGUUUCAGGUGUUCCGGUUGUACAGGGUGUUCCUGUCGUUCCUGUUGUUUCUGGCGUUCCAGUUGUAUCGGGUGUCCAGCUCAGUACCAUAGGUGGGGUACCGGUCGCAGUUCCACCUCAGCUCUACCUUCAUGACAGCAGGUCGGAGGUGAAAGCCAGACAGGAUGUCAAACCAGACAUCUGCCAGCCUCCAUACACAGACUACAGACAGCCUCCUGUGGACUACAGACAUCCACCAGUAGCAGACUACAGACAGCCUCCCACUAUGGACUACAGACAUCCACCUCCUCUCAUCGACUACAGACAGCAUUCAAUCCCAGAUUACAGGCCACAGGACUACGACUACUUCACUGUGGAGCUGGAGAAGAGUGUAAAGGGCUUUGGCUUUAGCAUCAGAGGAGGCAGAGAGUACAAGAUGGACCUGUUUGUGCUGCGGCUGGCUGAGGACGGUCCUGCUAUCCGUAACGGCCGGAUGAGGGUGGGCGAUCAGAUCAUAGAAAUAAAUGGGGAGAGCACAAGGGACAUGAGUCACGCCCGUGCCAUCGAGCUGAUCAAGGCGGGCGGGCGGCGAGUGCGUCUGCUGCUAAAACGGGGCACAGGACAGGUGCCUGAAUAUGGAAUGGUAGCUUCCAAUCUUUCCAUGUGCAUGAAAAGCGACACUCUUGCCUCUCCCUAUUUCUUCAUAAUGGGACACUCUAAAGAUACGACGGUGCCGCCCCCUGGAGUACUGACCCUCCAGCCCCCCCUGCCAUGCAGAAAGUAGUGUCGCCCCGCUAGCGCGACUCAACGCCCUUCACCAUCGCCCAUCAUCUCACCCAGCCUCCGCUCCGCCGGCCCCCCUCAUAGGCACUGCAUGACGGGUCGUGGACCAGACAAGGUGCUCCCUGGAGGCUAGCUUUGCUUGGUGCCACCAGCUUUGUGGAGCUGCACACAGAGAAGAGGGUGGCAGGUCCAUCCAGAAGAGCUGUGCUUGAAAGUGGCAACCAGCCGAGACGAGGAAAUCGAGGGGAGGACUGAAGCUGAAGGGGAGGGGGAGUUACGAGUGCAAACAGCGUGCGACAGACGUGACGUCCAAGGAUGAAGGACUGUCUUAUCCAGGCUUCUAUUAUUCUGACGAGGAAAGCAUGGUUGUGUUACCAGGCCAGAUUUCAUGGCAGCUCUAGUAGCCUGGCACGCACAGACUUUGCGCUACAGUUACUGUUUGAUUCUGGAUCCAGAGCAGAGACGCUGUCCAAGAAGACCAGACCGGACUCUUCACAUCUGGUCUUCCUGCCCAUUGGAUCCUCACUCAUUCUGCUCCUCCCACCUUCUGAGAGGGAACCAGUCCUCUUUACUUGGUUUCUCAUGUAGAGGCGUUUUAUUUUUUCAAUUAUUUUGGAGUUGGAGUUACAUUGAUCACAGCUCCAGAAGCACUUGGAGCCAAACCAGUGAAGAAAGGAUGACAAAUUCAAAUAUCUAUGUGUAGCAUGAAAGAGGACUCUGAGGCCACCCAGCAUCCACAAUGAACUGGAAUAUUACAUAAGUAUUGUGUUUCAUUAUUUGUCAGUGUGAAGCCACCAUAGAUCUUCUGAUGUGCACUGAUGUGGAGGUAAAGCUGACAGGAGGCAAAGAGAGCAGUCACAGUGUUUUCUGAUUAUCUGUCGAAAGCAUUUACGAUGGAUUAAUAAUUUCUUGGGUUUUUAAAUUGGUUUGUUUGUUUUGUUUUUAAAGUACAACCAAGAAGAGGGGAAACAUAUACUCCAUAUAAUAUAAACAUAUCAGUCAACAACCCAAUCAUAGAGACUUGUAGCUCUACCCAUCUGUAACACAGUAUCUCUGAAGCUAAAGGGACCUGUGGUACUAUGUUAUAUUAUGAAUUACUACGAAAUGCAGUCCAUGUAUGAAGGCAGAAUUUUUGUAAUACUCAGUAUUAUCUCGACUGUGGACUGAACCAAACCUGCUUAUCACUCUCCAUGCAGGGUUUCUCAAAGCCUCAGUGUGUCAUUCCAGUCUCAUUCUCCCUGUACUGUGCUUCAUGAACCACACCACUGUGGGUCCGGGGCCCUGUCCCAGUCCUUAUGAGCAGCCCUUCCUUGUCUCCUUCCCCUCAAGGGCGUUAACUUGAAGGGACUUCAGUAGGUGGGAGUCGUGCGUUUGAUGUAUAUCCAGACGGUGGGAAAGCAAUGGAAGAUUGCUUUGUUGGACUGGUGCUAGCUGUGACAGCGGGAGUUCUGGUAAAGAAUCUUGGCUCACCUGCAGGAAAGGGGAUGAGAAGGCGUUUGCUGCUGGGCUUUGGGGCAAUAGCUGAGUCUUUAUAGCUAAGCAUGGAUGGAGUGGGACCCAGUUGUCUGGGGCAGAGUGCCUUACUGGCAGGAUUGGGUACAGCAUGAAAUCUGUUGUCUGUUAAGGCGACUAAGAAGGCUGAGCAACUGCUCGUAAUAUGUGUGCUGACACUUUAACGAGUUAUUUUUAAUUGGUGUUAUUUUGCCUUUCACUACACUACACUACACUCUGAUCUCCCCUUUACUCAACUGUAAGAAUACUAGAACAUCUAUUGAAUAAGGCUUUAAAAGGGGUGAAUACUUAUUUGAUUACUUUUACAUUCUUAAUUUAAUUGACAUUAUUUUGUACAUUUUUUUAACAUUGGCAUUUAAUAGUUGUCUGUACAUCAUUGUAAAAAAAAACAAAUUAAUAUAAUUUUAUAAAUAUUUUGUUCAUACAAAAUAUUAGAGGAGAAAUACAAACUUUUGUAGAAUAGAUUACCCCCAGCAUUUUAAAAUCAAGUGCUUUUAACUGAUGCUCCCAACAGGCUUACAAUACUACCCGUAGGGGCAAAGCAUUACUCAUGCAAAGAUACUGUGUGUAUAAAGAGUGUUUUUUAAUAAGCUACCUGCGCACUCUCAAAAGUUCUCAGUGACUCAUUUUAAAAUAAAAGGCCCCCAGAAUUCAAUUCUACCAGUGAAGUGUGGAGCUACUUUGAGCUUGUUAUUAUUGAUGGAAAAAUAGCGAUUUCUUUGCAUAGGCAAUGCUAUGCCCUUAUCACUAGCAUUAUAAGCUUGUUGGAAGCAUUGGCUAAAAAGCGUGUUUCACUAGACCCCAAAUUCAUUUCACACCAUAUAAACCUGUCAGAUGAUGUGAAGGUUCUUUAACAGGUUAAAGUUUUUCACACUCACAUCUCUGAUACAAAAAAGGUUCUUUAUACAAUCAAUAUGGCGUUUCUAUGGCAUCACUCAAAAAAUAAGUAACAAACUACAGUUUUAACCUACUCUUGCCUUUUUAAUACAAGUGGCAAAGGCAGAUAAAUAUCUGGAACAAGUGAACUUUAGAUAGUAUUACUGUAAAACAUUGAUUAUCCUCUUCACUUACUGUUAGAAGUUUUAAUUUAAAACAAGUCUUUUCUUUACAGUGCGAGAGGAUCAUUCAGUCACACAAGAUCUGUGGCCAAGAAUUAUUAAAUCAAGCUCUUUCCAGCUUUUAUCUGAAUUAUUAUCCUACAAAGCGUUUUCAUUUGCAGCAGAUUAGAGUUGAGCUGCUUGAAAACAGCAAUAGGUUUGAAGAUUAAGAUAAAAUCCAAAAGGUUGUGAUAUUUACUAAAUUGUAUUAAACUCACUCUGUCAUGCUUACCACAGA